AUGUCUUCCAUGGGGUUGAGUGGACCAAUCUACACUGUUCAUCAAGUGCCAGAACAUUUCAAGGAGCAUUUCAUUGUGCGUGGCUACCGCAAUCCCAAGAGCACAGCAAAACAGUGUAUCCUCAGUGUCUUUGAUGCCACAAAUGAAACAUUUAACUUCUGGACACACUUUCUCCCCUCCUGUUACUUCGUUUGGGUGCUGAAGGGUUUGUCCGAGACCCUCGACUUCAGAAAUGAUCCGUACACAUGGCCAUUGUUGGCGUAUAUGUUCGUGGCUGUGAUAUUCCCUCUGGCUAGUGCCACUGCUCACACAUUCAACACUAUGUCCGAAGAAAUGCGCCAUUUUUGCUUUUUCCUCGACUAUGGUGCACUAAGCAUUUUCUCACUAGGUGGCGCUAUUGCAUAUCGUGCAUAUUCAUUUCCAUCUGUGUUGGUCGAUACAUGGUUUGGACAUAACUUUAUCUUCAUCGCUACAAUGAUUUCUGUGAUUGCUGUUGUACUGUCCUGUCAGACAAGAUUCAUGAAACUGAGUUUUUUGCGUAAUUUUAUACGACUUGGAUCUUUUGGCUUUUCAUACCUGUUCGAUUGUACUCCAAUAAUGUACCGUCUGAUAUUUUGUUCUCCCGAGGAAUGUGCUUUACCUUCGCAAUCCCAGCAUGCAAGGCAGUUUGUUUUUGCUUUCAGUGCUGCAAUCUUUUUUGCAACACACUUUCCAGAGCGUUUUUACCCAGCAAAGUUUGAUAUUUUCGGCCACAGUCAUCAGCUUUUCCAUGUGGCUUCUAUUCUGGGAACCAUGGACCAAAUGCAAGCCAUUCUACAUGACAUGGUGGAUCGACGUAUGCUGCUUCAGGACAGUUGGUGGUUUCCAUCAUUUAGUGGUAGUGUCGGUGUCAUUGGUGCUGUGAUGGCAAUUAACACUUGUACCAUUGCCUUUUUUUCGUUACGAUUAAGAAGUUUCGUGAAAUCAACGAAAUCAUCUUGA